UCGGCUCCACAUGGCACGCCGUCCAGUGUCCCGAUAAUGCUGUCGUCUCGUCCCUUUACGCGGAGAACACGCAGCCUCGCACUCUACUGGACUGGCUCGCCGGUAUUCGCGCUGCUGGCGGUGGCGCCUCCUGGCGCGCUGCUCUCCCUGGACCUCCUUCCGUUCUGCUCGCCCGCCUUCUUCCUCGCGAUCGGUGGUUGGGCAUCCGCCACGACUCUCUGGCUGGCAGGAAUACUGGGCUUGUGCAUGGCGACUUCUUCGCGGCGCGUGGCACCUCGCCUAGGAGGGCGCUCCCGGGCCUCCCAGCAGAACGCUUCGCCUUUCGGUCCACCCUCGCCGUCUCCUCCUCCGCCGUCGGCCGAGCAUGAGCAGCUCGACGGCGCUGGCGCGCCAUCGCCGCCGCUUACUGCAGGUGAGGCUGGGUGGGGCCGCUGGUCACUGCGCGGAUCUGCGCUGCGCUUCGAGCUGCGCGUGCCGAAUCUGACGCGUGCGGCGGACGUGCGGUGCGAGUGCCUCGCCGGCCUCCUCGACGUGCGCGUGAAAGACGCGCAGCUGCUCGAUGGUCGGCUUGUGGCCGGGCCAUGGUUCGGGCCCUCUCAGGUGCAGCCGAUCGAGCUCAGGUGGCUGCUCGAUACGUCGGCGGAGGGCGAGAGGUCGCUCUGCGUCGACGUGCCGGUUCAGGGGUGGACGCCGCCGGAGCAGGGGUGGAGCCCUCGGAGUGGAAGGCUGCGGCGGCGCGGCUCGAGCGCAGCGGCCCGGCCGCCACCGACGGCCAUCUUCCGGUCGCUCCGCGUGGCUGGGGAGGUGGUUGGCGAGCCGCUCCUGGUCCUGGGCAGGCAAAGGAGCAUCUCGAGCCAGUCGCUCGCACUCAAGCGCCUCGAAGAGUCGAGCAGCCCGGGCUCCUCUCUUUUUGUGCGAAUUUGGUUCUUCUUUUCUAGGCGCCUCAAGCUUGUCAGUUUGGCGCGGCUGGAGGAGGCGUUCGCGGCGAGGCCCGCCGGCCUCGUCCUCUCGCAGCUCUUCUCGACGGACGAGUUCCUCUUCGAGGCGGACAGCGAGACGGCCGACUUUGCGCUGGUGUCCUACCGGCAGGCGCGGGCCACGCCCGACGACGGCACGACGAUGGACGAGCGCACCCUCAGGGCUGUACUGCUCAAGGCGAGGGAGGCGGGUGUAGCGGCGCUCUGGAUGGACGCGUGGUGCUUCCGCUUCGCCGGCGAGUACGUCCACGAGGACUUUUGCGCGCUCCUCUCGCACGUCGUGCGGGCGGUCCGCGCCGUGAUUUGGGUCCCUCUCAGCCGGGCGAACACGGCGCCUUCGUUUCAGUUCCGGAUGUGGUGUACCUUUGAGGCGGCCGUCGUCGAGCACCGGCAGCUACCCGUCUUCAUUGCGGGCGAGCUGACGGCCUCGCAGCGGCGCCUGGCCCGCCUCGGCCCUCGCAUCUUUGCGCUCCCCUGCCUCGAGCCGCGCGCGACGCUCGCGGAGCUGCGCAUCCUCUCGACCUUCAACGUGUGCUUCCUCUUCAUGGCGAUCGCGUGUCCGCUCGCCCUGCUGCCGCUCUUCUUCAUGUCCCGCUCGGCUGCGCUGGCCGAGCUGGUGCCCGCCCUCGGUCGCCAGUUCGCCCUAGCGCGCAACGGGCAGCGGGUGCUGCGCACGCUGCUCCAGGCCUCCCGAGAGGCGGACAGCCGCAUGGAGGCGCUCGGCAGCACAGACGCUGCGGCGACGCAGGCCCAGCGCGCGGGCAACGUGCUCGAGCUGCUGCGAGAUCUGCCGUGGAUCCCCGCCUACGACCGCCGCGACGCUCUCGUCAUCGCCGAGGUGCUCAUGGUCCUGUACGAGGUGCCGCCGCGCAAGCUCGCGGCGGUCAUACAGAUCCAGGCCCUGUGGCGCGGCUCCCGUGAGAGGGCGGCGCGAAUGGCGCGGCUCUCCGCCGGCGCCGCCUCCUCCUUCCUCUCCGGCCUGCAGAGCGAGGACAGCGUCCAGAGGAGUCGGGUCAGCCAGGCGGGAGGCCGCUCGCUGGAGAGGGUCGGGACCGGGGCCAGUGAGCGCAGCCUGCAGAGCAGUCUGGCCAACCAGAGCCACAGCAGGGGACAGAGCCGCAGCCAGCGCAGACAGCGUGCGGUUUGGUCGCCGCUCUGGUCUGAGGCCCUCGCGUGGGACCGCGUCUCGUCCGACGAGUUUCUGCGCGCGCUGGCGCUCUCCCUCUUCGUCUCUGCGCGGCAGGCGCGCUCAGGCGGCGACUGGCCCUUCACCAAUGGUGGAGAGGGGGUGCUGCUCGAGGAGUGGCUCAAUCAGGCCGGACACCGUAUGCCGCCGCCCGCCACUGCCAGCUGCGCCGCCUCCGUGUCCUUGGUGGAGCUCGAUCGCUUCGGCUGGCGGGUGCGCUCUGGCGACUCGCACCUACUGAGCACCCCGCUGGGCAAGCUGCAGGUUCCAGCGAGCCGCGCGUCUGCAAGCGUCAGCCUCGCCGACGCGUCGCCGGUGCCCGAGAUGAGCGCGCUCGCCCAGACGGCGGCGCUCCUCUUCUUCGCCGCGGUCUUCUCCCUCUACUUUGUCGACCUCUUCACCGAGCUCAUCAUCAACGCCGUCGGGUCGCGGGCGCAUGGCUGGAGCCGCGUGCCCGAGGCGCUCCUCGCAGCUCUGGACGCCCUCCUCGUCGUCGUGGCCGCCUGCACCAUCUGGCUGCCGGCUGCGCUCUGCACGUGGCGACUACGCGCCGUGCCGCAUGACUCGCUCGCCGCGGUCUUCUCCCCUCGCGAGCGCGAGUCCGCCAUGGCCCUCCUCACGCCGUACGUGAUCGUCCCGGCCGUCCCGUCCAGCUUCGUGGCCAUCCUCCUCGUCGUGAUUGCUUGGGCGGAACGGCAGCCGCUCUCCUCGGAUCACCUCACGGUGGACACGUGCCUCCCCGGCGGACUCCAGCCCGCGCUCCUCGGCGGCGUCCUCGCGCUGCUCGUCGCGAUCAACGCCGUGGCGGCUGUCUCUGCCUUCUCGCUCGCCUACCACCGCUGGGCACGCCACGUCCGUGAAGGCCGCCCCGAUGCGCCAGAGUUGGCGUUCCUGACAUUCCGACGCACUGAUGGCGGGAGGUCGAGCGGGGUGGUCUAGUUGUGAGUGCUGUGUGGUGUGUGACAAUUAGAAGUUCAUAUGGGCCACAGCGGUCAGGGCGCGCGAGUGCCGAGUCGC